UCGUCAUAUUUGUUGAGCAUGACUCCAAAGUUUGAUCGGAGUAGAGAUGGAGAGUUCUAUGGCUUCACUAGCUAUAGUUUUGCAUGUGUGCGCCGGCAAUUACUGCUCUCGCUACCCGCUCACGGAACCCCCGUGCACCCCCAGCGGCUACGUCCGCGGCAAUUCCCGCAACUGCACCACCCAGGACCCUUCGGAUUGCUGCAAAGAAGGCGAGCUGUACCCCCAGUACCAGUGUUCGCCGCCGGUGACCGGAGACACGCCCGCCCACAUGACCAUCGCCAGCUUCGCGCAAGGCGGGGACGGCGGAGGCCCCGCGGAGUGCGACGGCCGCUACCACAGCGACGACCAGAUGCUGGUGUCCUUGUCGACGGGAUGGUACGACGACGGCAGCCGCUGCAACAGGAGCAUCAGGAUCAGCGGCAACGGCAGGUCUGUGCUGGCGAAGGUGGUCGACGAGUGCGACUCUGUUUACGGUUGAGAAGCCGACCAGAGUUACCCGCCGUGCUCCAACAACGUGAUCGUUGCGUCUCCGGCCGUGCGGACGGCGUUGGCGAUCCCGGAGGCCCAGGUUGGGGAUUACGACGUUACCUGGUCUGAUGCAUGACGGGUGGCGCAUGCAACCAUCGGAUAGAUGCCUCAUGUGGUGCUGCAGCACGCAUGCAAGUGAAUACUUUUCGAUACUGCUUUGGUAUUUAGCUUCGCAUCUAUGUGACUGAUCUAUUGCUUGUAUGUGUCAAACUCAUGCAUCCAAAGAGCAUGAAUUGAACAGAUCAUCACAUCAUUAACCAUGAAAUUUUAAGAAAUAUAGAUUCUAAUAU